ACUGAAUCCUCCAAUGACAAGAAGCCCGUUGAGCGGCCUCGGGCGGCUCCAGCCAAGGUUGUUGCAAGGGUCGGCCUGACUCGGCUAAUUACAAUAUACUAGAAAAGUCCAAUUUUUCAAGGUUCGAAAUAGCGCCGUUGUAGUGACGGUCUCCCAGAGAUUCCCACGACAAUGAUGGAAUUCGAUAUAACUUGUAGCAACGGAAGAGAUGAACUCGGUAUUGCGGCCUGCACAUUUAAUUCUUCACCACACUUUCUUCCGCCAUGUCUGUUCUUCAAGUUGCUACUGUACUGGCCAACCUUGCUGCAAAGGCACAUUCUACGAUGGCCUACGCUGGCUCAUUAACUUCUAAUGACUCAGAAUGCUCCUCUGACGCGUCCUCUCUGGCAGAAGGCUCUUCCCCAACAUCUGAUUCUCGCCUCUAUCUUGCCUUACCCCCACGUACCAACGAACAUCUGGCAGUUCUAUUGCCAAGGAACCUCUGGAAGCCCGAUUCUCUCGCUGCUACAUGUGAUAAUUUUUAUUGCCACAUCAAGUUCUCGGUCCUUGAACGGCGUCAUCAUUGCAGAAAGUGCGGUGGCGUUUUUUGCCACCAGUGCACCACCCGUUCAACCCAUUUACUUGACGUUUCUAAUCUCGAUUUCCUUCAUCCUCCGCGGAAUGUGCCUAUCUCAAAUUACGAUAGUCCAACGUCACCAGUUCUCGUGAAGAAGGUCUGCGAUGACUGUUGGGACCAGAUCUACGGUUGUAAUUCGCCUCGCACUCCAGACGGCAGACCAUCCACUCCUAUGCUUGUCAAGUCUCCGGUAGAUUCUAGAGCUCCUUCUCCCAAUUCGUCUGUUUGUGCAUCUCCUGUGGACAGCCCAGUACCCCCCUCUCGACCCGUUCGCGUUGCCCGGAGCUCAUCUCAUUUCAGCACUGGACAUAUUCCAUUACCCACUUCUGUCUUAUCUCCUACUGAAUUCGAGGUCCCUCAACCAUCGUACGGCGAACUGGAUGCAUAUCCACUACGGAGGUCCAGUAUCAUUUGUAAAGCAACAGGCGGUGGUCGCUGGGAACCCAAACAUUCACCUCCCAAGAUCGGGAUCCGGAUACCUGGUUACAAAGCACCAUACGAAAUCGAAAUGGAACGAGAAGAACAAGAAGAACGCCGUCGUUGUCAAAAUCCUGUUGUGCGAGAUGGAGAGUUUCAAUAUCGAUUCCGGCAGGACCGGGUCGUGGCUAGUCUUCCCCGCACUGCUCUGUGUUUCUCCACUUUCUAGGUUGUCUGUUUUGUUGUUAUCGGUGUAUAUAUUGUGCGAGCUGUUGUAUUCCUUCGUCGUGCAUAAUUUGCUCUUGACUUCUGUUUAUACGUAAUUUUAUGUUCCAUUUUUUCCAUACUAAUCUACU